AUGCCCACGGGGCCACCCGCCGACAAGUCCAGGCAAACGUCCGCUGGAAAGUCCUUUUUCGGCAGGAAAUUGUACAAGGAGAGACCGACGGAUGAUCGCGCCUCGGAGGGGUAUGGAGGCUCCUAUGAUAGUCUGGCGCCGCCGGGCAGUGCGCCGGGGUCCCGAUCAUCCCGAUACUCAAAGCGCUCCUCAAUACAAUCGGUGGACACGCAUGGCGAUCCAGACUCGUCUUCGUUCCCGUCCAUGUUCGCUGGCGGAAUCACCUCGAUGCCCUACGACAGUAUGCCCUCCGACACGAGAACGCCGAUUCCAAUCGACAACUAUCCCCGUCCCGAGUCGUCCAGCUCCCGACUUGAACCCUCCUCCGGCAGUUAUGGCAAGCCCGGCGGUGACUUUCACUACCAUCACCCGACGUGGACCUCAUCUUCCUCUGCGCCCAACGCGCCCCCUAACGGCUACAACCCUUCACAUCCCCCUUCAGGGCCCCGCCCCCCUCCUCAUUCCUCGGGCAUGACCAUGACCAGCAGUUCAUCUGGAGACCGCGGCACACGAUACCAACAAUGGGGCCGGCCUGGUAGCUCCGCCGCCAAUCACUCCAUCGAUUCUUCAUCCAACUCGCGCACUUCCCUCGACCAGACCAGUCUGUACUCCUCACAGUCAUCCAAUACUCGGAGCUCGACAUAUUUAUCCUCCUCCGACGGCUCCUCCCGCACCCUCACCCCGUCCCACUCGGGUGACCGUGUCACCAUGUUCCCCGGUAGCAACAGCUCCGGGAGGCUGUCCAGCGCUGCCUCAAUUCAUUCCAGUAUCCCCGCGGCGGUGCCCCGCCCUGACAAUUUCUUGACUCGACCCCGAGAUGAUCGGGUGGUCGACCAGCUGUUUCUAGAACUCAUGCAGAAGCGCGGUUGGCAAAAUCUACCUGAACAGGCCAAACGACAGAUGCUAUCAUACCCAGCUUCGAAAAAGUGGACCUUGGUGCACCAGGAUCGUUUGACGGAGUUGCAGGGCGAGCAGAAGCGCCGCCAAAAUGCCCGCCAAACCCAUGGCCAUGAUGGACUCUCGGGUUUACUGGAGCGUGCCGAUGAGGAAGGUAGUCCGGAGUGGUAUGUCAAAAAGGUCAUGGAUGAUACAAUCACCUCCAAACAGCUGGCAAGUCUCAGCGUUAGUCUUCGGACGCAACCAAUCAGCUGGGUGAAAGCCUUCGUAGAGGCGCAGGGUCAGGUGGCUCUUACCAAUGUUCUUCAGAAGAUCAAUCGUCGCAAGGCCUCGGGUCCCAUGCCAGCUCCGCCCACGGGCGACAAGGACCUUGACCGGGAGUAUGACAUUGCAAAAUGUUUGAAGGGUCUGAUGAACAACAAGUACGGUGCCGAUGAUGCGCUUGAGCACCAAGGUGUUCUUGUCGCCCUGGUCAAUUCGCUCUCCUCCCCACGGCUCAAUACUCGGAAACUGGUGAGCGAAGUCCUCACCUUCCUGUGUCACUGGGCCGAAGGCAGAGGCCACCAAAAGGUCCUCCAGGCUAUGGACAAAGUCAAGCAUGAUCAUAACGAGACUGGUCGCUUUGAUGCGUGGAUGCGCAUCACCGAAGUCACCAUCGAUGGCCGUGGCAAGAUGGGCAGUCUGGUUGGUGCGAGUGAAGAGUAUCGUAGUGGAGGUAUUGGCAUGGAGAAUGCUCUCAUGGAGUAUGCGGUCUCAACGAUGAUCCUCAUCAAUAUGCUGGUCGACGGCGCUGAAAACGACCUGGAAUUGCGAUGCCACAUCCGUGCUCAGUUUAUCUCAUGCGGUGUCAAGCGGCUGCUUACCAAGAUGGAGGGCUUCCAAUAUGAAGUCAUUGACAAACAGAUUGAGCGCUUCCGGGAGAAUGAGGCUAUUGACUACGAGGAUCUGCUCCAGCGGGAGGGAAGUAGCAUGAAAGACAGUGUCGAGGGCGAAGUCAAAGAUAUGAGCGAUCCGCUUCAAAUCGCCGACGCCAUUUCCACCAAGAUCAAUGGGACUCGUUCUCAUGACUACUUCCUUUCGGCGAUGCAGCACAUGCUGCUAAUCCGGGAGAAUUCUGGGGAAGAGGGGUUACGGAUGUUCCAGCUCGUGGAUGCGAUGAUGAGCUACGUUGCAAUGGAUCGCAGGUUGCCCGACAUGGAUCUCCGCCAGGGGUUGAACUUCACCGUGCAGAGUCUGCUCGACCGGCUCCAUACAGAUGCCGAGGCCAGGCAAGUCUACGAUGAAGCACUGGAGGCACGCCAGAUCGCCGAAGCCGCUAUCGCGGAGCGCGAUGAGAUGAAAUCCCAGGUGGAGAUGGGCGCAGAGGGCCUUGUCAGGAAACUUCAGAAACAAAUCGACGAACAAGCUGGGAUCAUUGACCUCCAAAGUCGCCAGAUGGAAUCCCUCAAAGCCGAGGUCGCUGAAGUACAACGUCUGCGCGCCCAGGAACUGCAGCGUAACGAGCUCGAGACCCGCGAGCUCUACCUGAUGCUUCGAGAUGCUCAGGAUAUUGCUGCCUCGAAUGCUCGAAAGCAAGCCAAUGCGUCCGAACCUGGGCCUGCCGACCCAUCGCAAUUACCUGGAAUCAUGGAUCGCGAGCGUCUCAUGGAACGUCUCGAACGUCAACUGGAGCGAACCAAGACGCAAUUCAAACUCGAGGGCAAGGUCUGGGGUCAGCAUGGACCUUCUGAUCGUCUGCGCGAGCUACGCGAGAGGAUGGAGGGCGAUGGCGACGAGAGCGAGGACUUUGUCGAGUCGACUCGUCGCAAUCUGGACCCUAGCUCCCUCGGGUCUGUUUAUCGGAAGCGCAGCCAUGUCCCUGACGUGGAGAAUGGCCCUGGGGACCUCCCCAUGUCUCCGCUGGACGAGGAGGAAGAGGCCGUGUUCGAAAAACCCCGCUUGAUUCAGUACCAGCGCCCACGGUUGAAUCCAGCCCAGGCGAAUGGCCUUUUAGGCGAGAUUACGUCCAAGGUGCCCAAAUUUGAUGGUGACGAAGAGGAUGUGGCUUCGGAUGCUGGUGUCGCUGCAGUUCCGACUCUCGUCGAAGGUGCCGCGGCCGAAUCCACUGGUGCUCCAGGUAUCGAAGCUGCGUCGAAGGCCCUGCCACUACCUCCCCCUCCGCCACCACCACCACCACCUGCUCCAGGCGGCGCAAAGCUUGUUGUUCCUCCCCCUCCUCCCCCUCCUCCUCCAGGCGGAGCGCAGUCAACUCCUCCCCUUCCACCACCUCCACCCCCUCCCCCAGGCGGCAACCUUGCAGUUCCACCUCCGCCUCCCCCUCCCGGCGGUGCCAAGGUUGCUGGUCUUCCUCCUCCACCACCACCACCUCCCGGUGGAAAGGUUGGUAUUCCACCUCCGCCGCCGCCUCCUGGUGGUGGCAUUGGAACUCUUCCACCACCUCCUCCCCCCGGUGGUGGUGUUGGACUGCCUCCCCCACCACCUCCUGGAGCUGGUGGCUUCCCCCCACCUCCACCACCUCCCAGUGCUCCAUUGGGUGCUGGCUGGCGGCCUACAUAUAUGGUCCAAGAUGGCAUGUCACCUACGAUCACCGGUAUGCCAUCCAUUCGGCCUAAGAAGAAGCUCAAGGCUUUGCAUUGGGAUAAGGUGGACACACCACAGGUCACGGUCUGGGCUGCUCACGCUCCCACUCAACAAGAAAAAGAGCAAAAAUACACGGACCUCGCCAAGAAGGGCGUCCUGGAUGAAGUCGAGCGUCUCUUCAUGGCCAAGGAAACGAAGAUUUUCGGAGCGGGCGCCACCUCGAAGACGCGCAAGGACAAGAAACAGAUCAUUUCUAACGAUCUAUCCAAAAACUUCCAGAUCGCCUUGUCUAAGUUUUCCCAGCUACCGGUUGACGAUGUUACCCGCAUGAUUAUUCACUGUGACAAAGACAUUCUAGACAACAUGGUUGUAAUGGAUUUCUUACAGCGCGACGAGAUGUGCUCUAUCCCUGAGAAUGUGGGCAAGCUUUUGGCCCCAUAUAGUCGGGAUUGGACGGUUCCCGGUGCCGCCAGCUCUGAGCGGGAGCAAGAUCCGACUGAACUCACACGUGAAGAUCAAAUUUACCUCGCAACUGCAUUCGAACUAAACCAUUACUGGAAGGCGCGUAUGAGAGCCCUCUCGCUGACCCGGUCGUACGAGCACGAAUACGAGGAUAUCUCGACCAAGUUGCAAGAAGUGGUCCGAGUGAGCGAGACUCUCCGCGAUUCGGUGUCUUUGAUGAAUGUCCUCGGGUUGAUCCUGGAUAUUGGUAACUUUAUGAACGACGCGAAUAAGCAAGCGCAGGGUUUCAAGCUCAGUUCGCUUGCACGUCUCGGCAUGGUCAAGGACGACAAAAACGAGACAACCUUUGCUGAUCUAGUCGAACGAAUCGUUCGCAACCAGUACCCUGAAUGGGAGGGCUUUAGUGAGGAGAUCAGCGGUGUGGUCGGACUGCAGAAAGUCAGUGUCGAUCAGCUGCGCUCAGAUUCAAUCAAAUACAUCAGCAACAUCAAAAACGUGCAGGCAAGCCUGGAUGCCGGCAAUCUGAGCGAUCCGAAGAAAUUCCAUCCUCAAGACCGGGUCAGCCAGGUUGUCCAGCGCAGCAUGAAAGACGCUCGUCGCAAGGCUGAGCAGCUGCAGCUGUACCUGGAUGCGAUGAAUAAAUCCUACGAUGACAUUAUGGUGUUCUACGGAGAGGACAGCGCCGACGAGAACGCAAGACGUGACUUUUUCGCGAAGCUGGCUUCAUUCUUGAUGGAAUGGAAGAAAUCUCGGGAGAAGAAUAUCGGCUUGGAAGAGUCAAGGAAACGCACCGAGGCUUCUUUGGCUCGUAAGCGGAUCAAUGUCAACCUUGCCAACGGCGCUGGCACCGAGUCACCCAAUUCGCCUGCCACGAGUGGAGCAAUGGAUUCAUUGCUCGAGAAGCUGCGAGCCGCCGCGCCCCAGACUAAGGACGUGCGAGACCGUCGUCGCCGCGCCCGUCUGAAGGAGCGUCAUCAAAUUCGUGUCGCCUCUGGUCAGAAAGUGCCCGAUUUCGCUAGCAUCGAUGCCAGAGGCGAGGGGUCAGAAGCACCUGCCGACUCAUCUGCCCAAACAGACGAGAAUGGUCUACUGAGCCCACCCUUGCCUGAUGAACCCACCGAUAGCAGCAAAGAAACGCAAGUCUCAGAAGGCGAGGAUGUCGCUGAUCGUGCAGCCAGCAUGCUCCUUGGCUUGAGAAGUAACUCUGACGCAAAUGGCGAGCGUCCACGUCGCAGGAGGGAAAGUGCCGAGGAGGAGCGUCGGCAACGUCGGUUAAGGAGAAGGAAUGGCGGUACAAGCGUUAGCAAGGACAGCGCAGACGGUGCGGCGCCUGGUCUUGCAACUGUCAAGGAGCCAGCGUCGCCCACUUUGACGGAUCACACCGGCGGCGCGGAGGAGCACUCCUUGCUGAGUCCCCAGCAAGAAGAAUUCAAGCUCUCCGGUACGCCGGAGAUUGUUGUCUCUGACCAGAAUGACGACGCUGUUCCGGAGAAGGACUCACGACCUGAUGGAUCCUCAUCAACCCUGGCGAUCGAAGUGUCGGAUUGA